AUGAUGCGCAGUGUCAAGCUGCUGGUGCUGAUGGCAAUCCCGUGUGCGGCCGUGACAUGGGUGAAGAGCGCGGCGGGGCAGAACUGCGACACCACCUGCGCCUCGCGCAGCGGCUGCAGCGAGGGCGACUGGCCCAUGAGCGAGGAGCAGUUCCAGGAGGUUGCAAGCCUCGCCGGACAGAGCUGCGAGACAACUCAGGCAGGCGGUGCCAAGUACGACCCCUCCACGGAUGGCCACCACUGCGGCUGGUCGGGCCCGGACCACAUGGACGGCACCGAGAGCCGCUGCGGCGCCACCGGCGACAGCGGCACCUACCGAUUUUGCCCAUGCAACUCCGACAGGGAGUUGUGA